AUGACGACUUCGCUGGUUCUGCAUCCACGCUGGGCGGACACCUUGAUGUACGUUUAUGAAAAAAGCCCGAAUGAAAACAACCAGAAUAAAAGCCAAACAAUGGAGGGACUGAGCGGUAAUUGCCCUGCGACCCACUGCAGGGACCUGAUGUCGCACCCCGCGCUGGGACGACAUUCUGGCACCAUAGCGACCCACCAGGGCUCCGUCUACUCGGAUAUUUCUUCUCCAGACACCGGCCGUCAGUGUCCCGCUCCCCAAACAUCAUCGAGUGCAUCUUUGAGCUACGGUUAUCCAUUUGGAAACCCAUAUUACGGCUGUAGAUUAUCUCAUUCGCACAACGUGAACUUGCAGCAGAAGCCCUGCUCGUACCACCCCGCAGAGAAAUAUGCCGAGCCUACCACAGCGCUGCCCACGGAAGAACUGUCUACCAGGGCGAAAGAGUUUGCCUUCUACCCGAGUUUCGCCAGCUCAUAUCAGGCUGUUCCCGGAUAUCUCGACGUGUCGGUGGUGCCCAGUAUCAGUGCCCAUCCUGAACCGCGGCACGACGCCUUGAUCCCCAUGGAGGGCUACCAGCAUUGGGCUCUCUCGAAUGGCUGGGAUGGGCAGGUGUACUGCUCCAAAGAGCAAACGCAGUCAACUCAUCUUUGGAAAUCACCUUUUCCAGAUGUUGUGCCACUGCAGCCUGAGGUCAGCAGUUACCGUCGUGGGCGUAAAAAGCGUGUCCCUUACACGAAGAUCCAGCUGAAGGAGCUGGAGAAAGAGUAUGCAGCCAGCAAGUUCAUCACCAAAGACAAGAGAAGGCGCAUCUCGGCCGCCACCAACCUCUCAGAGCGUCAAGUCACCAUCUGGUUCCAAAACCGGCGGGUCAAGGAGAAGAAAUUUGUCAGUAAAUCCAAGAACAAUCACAUGCACACCACUUGA